UGGGACCGGAACUGACGCUGCAGGUGAAUGCAACGCUUUGGGAGUGUUGCUAUUUUCCAGUCAGUCCGGUUGACUGCGUUCAAGUUGGGAGCCCGGAGGAAAAGCGUCCUAACCGUGCGCAAGACAGGCUACGCUGUAUUUUCGCUCUACCCACACUCGCGAGUCUGAACCUCAGCCAGAGAAGUGAAGAACAGAACAAGACGGAGAAGAAAGACUGGGAACUAGAGCGCCGACUGUGAUAUUUGAGACGGAGGGCACGUAAGGGCGAGCGCUCGCCUCUGAUUGGCCUGUGGGCGUCAUCGGAAACCUACACAAUUUCUUCGAUUGGCUGUUGUUCGCAAUUGUUGUGGCGGCGGCGGGGAUUUUGCCCACGUACUUCCGAGCGAGGGGCGGGGCUGUGCCCUGGCGCGCUUGCGCAGCGCCCUGGGGCCCCACCCGGUAGUUCAGAACCUGCGAAGGGGCGGAGCGAAGAGGUGCUUGUUUUGGUUCUGUUUCCAUUGAAGCAGAAGGCUGGAAUGAGAUACCAAUAAACUUGCUGGACUUACAGAGAAGCCUACGACAAACUUGCGGUGCCUUCAUAUUGGACUUUACAUCUGGCUCUUCCUCCGGGUGGAACCUGCAUACGUCCGAGAGUUCUAGAACCGGUGCUGCGAUUCCUUUAUCCGGGUCUCGCUGUUCCCGUCGUGCUUCGCGCACUCCUAGAACCCCCCCCCCCAUCCGGGUUCUCUCCCGGCGUGCCUAGCGACGGGUUUGCUGGGGGGCGCUCGGCAGUGCCGCCAUGACUAUUCUCCCAAAGAAGAAGCCGCCGCCUCCCGAUGCCGACCCCACCAACGAGCCACCACCGCCCGGGCCUCUGCCCCCAGCGCCACGGCGCGGCGGGGGUGUGGGCGUGGGCGGCGGCGGCACGGGCGUGGGCGGGGGAGAGCGCGAUCGUGACUCGGGCGUCGUAGGGGCCCGUCCCCGAGCUUCACCACCACCCCAGGGCCCGCUACCAGGGCCGCCGGGCGCUCUUCACCGCUGGGCCCUGGCUGUGCCGCCUGGAGCAGUGGCAGGCCCUCGGUCACAGCAGGCCUCUCCUCCUCCUUGCGGGGGCCCCGGUGGUCCCGGCGGCGGUCCUGGCGACGCGCUGGGUGGAGCGGCGGCGGGGGUGGGCGCGGCGGGCGUGGUGGUGGGCGUGGGAGGUGCCGUGGGUGUGGGCGGCUGCUGCUCCGGUCCGGGGCAUAGUAAGCGGAGGCGCCAAGCUCCCGGAGUUGGUGCAGUUGGCGGGGCCAGCCCAGAGCGUGAGGAGGUCGGUGCAGGCUACAACAGUGAAGAUGAAUACGAAGCAGCUGCGGCACGCAUUGAGGCCAUGGACCCUGCGACUGUCGAGCAGGAACAUUGGUUUGAAAAGGCCCUACGGGACAAGAAAGGCUUCAUCAUCAAGCAGAUGAAGGAGGACGGCGCCUGUCUAUUCCGGGCUGUAGCUGACCAGGUGUAUGGAGACCAGGACAUGCACGAAGUGGUGCGAAAGCACUGCAUGGACUAUCUGAUGAAGAACGCUGACUACUUCUCCAACUAUGUCACAGAAGACUUCACCACCUACAUCAACCGGAAGCGGAAAAACAACUGCCACGGGAACCACAUUGAGAUGCAGGCCAUGGCGGAGAUGUACAAUCGUCCUGUGGAGGUGUACCAGUACAGCACAGGUACUUCUGGAGUGGAACCUAUCAACACAUUCCAUGGGAUCCAUCAAAAUGAGGAUGAACCCAUCCGUGUCAGCUAUCACCGGAAUAUCCACUAUAAUUCAGUGGUGAAUCCUAACAAGGCCACUAUUGGUGUGGGGCUGGGCCUGCCAUCAUUCAAACCAGGGUUUGCAGAGCAGUCCCUGAUGAAGAAUGCCAUAAAAACUUCAGAGGAAUCAUGGAUUGAACAGCAAAUGUUAGAAGAUAAGAAACGGGCUACAGACUGGGAGGCCACGAAUGAGGCCAUAGAGGAGCAAGUGGCUCGCGAAUCCUACCUGCAGUGGCUGAGGGAUCAGGAGAAGCAGGCCCGCCAGGUCCGAGGCCCCAGCCAGCCACGGAAAGCCAGCGCCACGUGUAGUUCAGCCACAGCAGCGGCCUCCAGUGGCCUGGAGGAGUGGACUAGCCGGUCCCCGCGGCAGAGGAGUUCAGCUUCUUCACCUGAGCACCCUGAGCUGCAUCCUGAGCUGGGCAUCAAGCCCCCCUCCCCAGGCACGGUCUUAGCUCUUGCCAAACCUCCCUCGCCCUGUGCACCAGGUACAAGCAGUCAGUUCUCGGCAGGGGCCGACCGGGCCACCUCCCCACUUGUAUCCCUCUACCCUGCUCUGGAGUGCCGGGCCCUCAUUCAGCAGAUGUCCCCCUCUGCCUUCGCAGGUCUGAAUGACUGGGACGAUGAUGAGAUCCUCGCGUCGGUGCUGGCAGUGUCCCAACAGGAAUACCUAGACAGUAUGAAGAAGAACAAAGUGCACAGAGACCCAGCCCCAGACAAGAGUUGAUGGAGACCUGGGGACUGGGCACCAUCUCCCGACACCCCUUCCUGUCCUCAGUGCACCCCACCUUCUUCGGCUUUUUUCCCUCUUGCCUCCUUCCCUUCUACCCUCUGCCCCCUCUCGGCCCUCCCCACUGCCCUGAGGCUGGACCAUCCCUGUAGCCCCUCAUCGCUGCCACAGCCACCCGUCUCUGCCAGACGUGCCCUGUUGCCCCCGCACAGCACCAUCCCUGCAUUCCACAGGGGACUUGGGCAAGGGUGCCGAAGGUAGGCGACAGGCCCAGACCACCCGACAGCCAGGCCUGCCCCAGAGGAGAUGCUCAGAAGUCUCCUGCGUACCCUUCCUUCUGAGAUCAGAUCAACUUGUCACUCCCUCACAAUUAUGACCGGGAGGUGGGAGGAAGCAAACAUUCUUUCCCCAGUAUCCCAAGAUUGUCUGAGCCUUCAAUCUUGACGUUUUCUUUAUUAAAAUGUACUUUUACCUUACAAAAUCAGCCAAUCAAAAAUGAUGUAGAUGACAGCGUUGGCUCUGUGAAGGAGGCGCCUCGGUUUAGGGGCAGCGGGCCGCCCGUGGAACAGGGAGGGUGCACGCCACUGUCUUCUGGCCUCUGGCUUGGAGGUGGGCACGGGGCCUGGGAUGUGAGUGAGGGUGGGGAACGGGGUGGCAGGCGUCAGGCUGGCUUUGGACAGUGAGACCCAGACCUUGCUGCACUCCUUUUGCUUCCACCACCAGUAGUCUCUGGAAUCUCCAAGUGGGGACCUUUUGGGGAUCAUGGCCGCACUCAGGAUUUGAGUGAAAGGAGUGGGAGCAGCCUUGGCAGAUGGGGCAUGUGUGCCCUGCAGGUGUUGACAAGAUCCACCAUCUGUAAUGUCCUUGGCACAAUAAAACCAAAUGUCAGUUUCCCUGA